AUGGGGCGCCGGGCGUUCCUGCUCCUCCUGUCGCCAGUGCUGGCCGCGCUGGGCAGUCUCGGGGGCUCCGGUGCGGAUGAAGUGAAGUGUAACGUGACGCAGCAAGCUCCGUGUGGUGAAAAAUGCAUUCCUGUGGCUUGGCUCUGCAACGGGGAGCAGGACUGCCCGGAUGGGAGUGACGAGCAGUGUGAGGAAAUAUGUCACGGCCAUCCACAGGCCUGGCAGUGUGAUGAUGGGAAGUGUGUUUCUAUUAGCUGGCUUUGUGACGGGGUUGGUGACUGCUCUGAUGGCUCUGAUGAGGUUAACUGUGCCAACCCCUGCCUUUUAAACAUAUUGGCAGCAUGUCCGGACCAAAAAAUCCAGUGUCCAGGAAAUUCUCGGUGUCUUGAUGCUUGGGAACUCUGUGAUGCCCAUCAGGACUGUGAAGAUGGGGUUGACGAGGUGUACUGCCCCCAGGACCACUGCCCGGCUGGCCAGUGGCAGUGCAAGAACAAGAUGUGUGUCAUGGCCAGCUGGAAGUGCAAUGGCGUCAACGACUGUGGGGACUCUUCUGAUGAGGAAGUGUGCGCUUCCUGUCCACCAGGGAUGCUUAGAUGCGAUGAAGGAAGAUGCAUCCUAGAAUCUCAGAUGUGUAAUGGGGAAGCAGAUUGUACAGAUGGUACUGAUGAACCCGCGACAUGUGGUAAAAACUGCUCUCUGGACAAUGGAGGCUGCGAAGGGCAGUGCAGUGACACAAGCUGGGGUGUGCAGUGUGUAUGUGGAGCUGGAUGGCAGUUACGGCCUGACGGUCAGAGCUGUGGAGAUAUAGAUGAGUGCUCUAUGGGAUAUGGUCCUUGUGGACAGCUAUGUCAUAAUGUACCUGGCUCCUACUUCUGUGACUGUAUUCAGGGUUACCAGCUCCACAAUGGCACAGACUGUCAAGUUACAGGUGAUGCUAUUAAAAUUCUUAUAGCGGCCGAUAAAGAGCUUGGUAUCCUAGAUGGAGGAACAGGCAUCCACGAGACACUGCUGCGUACAAAAUCAAGGCCUCGUUCUGUUGCGUAUGAUCUUGAAAGACACACGUACUUCUGGGUGGAUGAAGUCUUAAACGUGUUUGUUCUUGGGAAGUUGACCUCUGUCCCUCUCUAUCCGGAACUUAAAACAGUGAACAGCAUCUCUGUGGACUGGUUCACGGGACAACUAUAUUGGGCCAGCAGCUACGCAAGGGUCAUCUGUGCUGGCUUAAGUGAUGGCAGAGGCUACGUCAAAAUCUUGGAAAAGGAUCUCAUACCAGAGCAGCUAAUAGUGUUUCCUGCAAAGAAGUACUUGUACUGGGUAAAUCAAGGUGAAAAAGAUACAAGGACUAUCGAAACGGCAGGGAUGGAUGGGUCUGACAGGAAGGUGCUUGUGGUUGUAACUGGGGAGGAACCUUUUGGACUGACACUAGACCAUGUAACUGGCAGGCUGUACUGGAUCAGUGAAUAUAAACAGUCCAUAGAGAUGGUAAAAGUGGACAGCAGUGGGAGGUACACCUUUCCUGAGGUCUUCUUGGAAGAUGAAAAUCCAGUUGGACUAGCUGUAUUUGAGAACUGCUUCUUCUGGGCAAAUGGAAUGCAACUGUUUCAUUCCUUGCCCCACAACCCAAAGAAGAGAGAGGUGCUGUUAAAUGCCUCUGUGUCUGCUUUCUCGGUCCUCCACAAAUUCCAGCAGCCUAGAAGCAGAUACCCAACAUGUGUUCCCGGUUCUUGUAGCCAUUUAUGUCUCCUGUCCCCUGUCCAUCCGAAGGGCUACAAGUGUGCUUGUCCUGAGGGUAUGUUUCUUUCACCUUCUGGUACAUGUAGUGAGUUAAAACUUGUGUUUUCUUCUGGCAAACAUCUCUACUUGUUGAAAGUUGGCUUUAUGGGAACUGCUAUAGAAAAAACCCUGGUUCAUAAGUAUCCUAGGAACACGUAUUUACUGGAUAUUGACUGGAAAAGGAACCUCAUCUACUGGACAAAUGCCCAGGGACAUCUGCUCUACUCAACCAGCUAUUCAGGAGAAAAGCAAGAAAUUUGGACAGAACGUACAGUCUGCUCAGCCAAUGUGGACAUAUCAACCGGGACCCUGUACUGGCUGCCCUGUGACCGCACUGCCAUUCUGAAGACCAGAGUUUCUGGCCCAGACACCCAUACCCUGUAUAGCACAGGCAGUGUUAUACUGCACCUUCUUCUAGAUUGGCCCAAAAGGGUGCUCUACUGGGUAGAAAGUGGUGAACACUUGCAAAGCAUGGCCCUUGAUGGCAAAGACCGACAGGAAGUCUGGAGAGGCACCUGGUCAGCUGACACGCAGGUGGCCUUGGACCUAGGCUCAUCUAGCAUCCUCUGGACCAAAGGGUUAGGGCUGCACGGUCUGAGUCUCCUAAAAAACAGAUCAUACACUUUGAACAAGACCUGGAGUGCUGGGAUCGUCGCUGCCUAUGAACCCUACCUGGUGACAGCAAACAAAACAGCUCUCGUAUUGUGGAGCAGGAGGAGGCUGGAGCCCUUCUUCAUGUUAAAAGAGCCUUAUUUAGGGAAGGUGAUCAUCUUGACGGAGAACCAGGAGGUUGCAGGAGCAGCUGCAACGACCCCUCCCGCGCUGCCUACUUCUCCUGCACCCCCGCCUCUGCUCUGCACCCGAUCCUCUGUUCCCUGUCGGGAUGGGAAGGAAUGCAUUUCCCGGGAGCAUCUCUGCAAUGGCCGGCGGGACUGUCAGGAUGGCUCGGAUGAGGAGAGCUGUUCCCAGUUCUGUAACAGACCAGGGGUUUUCCAGUGUCUGGAUGGAAACAAGUGCAUUGAGGAGAAGUACCACUGUGAUGGAGCUCAGCAGUGCUUGGAUGGCUCGGACGAGUCGGAUUGCUGGAAACCCGUUGAACACUGUGCUCUUCAUUGUGACAACAAGACCCGCUGUAUCCCCAAGAGUUGGCUGUGUGACAGCAACCCAGACUGUUCUGACGGAACAGAUGAGCAAGGAUGUAUUCAUGAAAAAUGCAGCCCCUUGGAAUUUAGAUGUGAGAAUGGCCAAUGCAUAUCUUCUUCUCUGCAUUGUGACGGGAAACGAGACUGCCUGGACCACUCGGAUGAAGAAGGCUGCCCUGUUCCCAGGCCCCUGCGGUGCUCGACAGGGGAAGUGAAGUGUCCGCAGAGUGGAGAAUGUGUAUUGGCAGAGUGGAUAUGUGACCAUGACUUAGACUGCAAAGAUGGAUCUGAUGAAAAGGAGUGUGGCCUUGAGGAACUUCUGUGUGGCUCAAGGCAGUGGUUCUGUGCCAGUGGAGACCAGUGUGUGCCCGACCUCUGGCUCUGUGACGGGCAGAGUGACUGCAGGGAUGGCAGCGACGAAGCUGGGUGCCUCCCUCAGGAGUGCCAGAGCCAUGAGUUUCAGUGCGGCUCCCAUACCUGCCUCAACAUCAGCCUGGUGUGCGAUGGGAAGGAAGACUGUGCCGACGGCUCCGAUGAAGGUGGAAAGUGUUCACCGUCAACUUGCAGCCAAGGCCGAUGCUCCCACACCUGCUACCAGUCUCCGGAUGGACCUGUGUGUGCUUGCGAGCAAGGCUUUGAGCUGGAGAGCAGUGGCCGUAUCUGCGAGGACGUGGAUGAGUGCCAGAAGGUGGCCAGUCGGCCCUGCAGCCAGACCUGUGUUAACACCAAGGGCUCCUACAGCUGCACCUGCCGUCCUGGCUACUCUCUGGAGCCUGAUGGCCACACCUGUAAAGCCACAGGUACCGAACCAGUCUUGCUUGUUGCGAUUCAGUUUAAUCUUUUCCUCUACGGAUUAAGGAGUUUGAAAGAAGAUGUUCUGGCAACUACAGACAAGAACCUGAUUAUCUUCUCUAUUGACUAUGACUUGGUGGAUCAGAAAGUCUUCUGGGCAGAUUUCAAUGGAGAAAGUAUUAAGUGGAUAAGUAUGGACACAAAGAAGAAAGGGACCAUAGUAAAAGGGAUAAAGUCAGACUGUAUUGCAAUUGACUGGAUUGGGAGGAAUCUCUACUGGACUGAUGGGACAGCUGGCCAGAUCCUAGCAAUCCAGUUGACUGCCACUUGGAGAGGAAAAUCUGAGUACACAGUUGUCCUAGACAAUGACUUGAAUCAACCACGAUCUUUGGCUUUAGAUCCCCUGAAUGGGUUAAUGUACUGGUCUGAAAUUGGAAGAGAACCUCAAAUAGAACAAGCUGGAAUGGAUGGCAGCAGCAGAAAAAUACUCAUAGAUCAAGAACUUGGCUGGCCAAGUAGCAUAGCUCUUGACCACUUGAGUUGGAAGAUAUUCUGGUCUGAUGACAAAUUUCACUGUAUUGGCUCUGCCAAUUUAGAUGGUACUGGUAUUAGUAUUUUGCAGCUAAAACAAAUCAAGAGCCCCUUUUCGAUUGCUGUGUUUGAAGAUGAAGUCUUCUGGUCUGAAAUGAAAACAAGAGCAGUACAGAGUGUGGAGAAGACAACAGGCAAGAACAGGGCUGUCCUCAUCAAGCGUUUGGGACAGCCUUAUGGACUCAAGAUAAUGCAUGAAGUGCUGCAGCCCAGGUCUCCUAACCCUUGUCUGGACGCUGGAUGUUCCCACUUGUGCCUUCUGAGCCCACUAUCCAAGGGAAGCUGUCAGUGCCCAGUGGGACUCCUGCUUGCAGAUGAUGGCAUCCACUGUGUUCCACUCAAGGAGUCUGCUUUUGUGUUCCUUGUGUCACCCACAGUUAUCAUGCAGGUCUAUCUGAAAAACAUAGACGUUUUACAAGGACAAGCAACCUUACCAGAACAUAGGAUACUUCCCUUUACAAAUGUGAACCAGCUUGCUUCAGUGGAUUACCUGGUCCAAGAAAAGACUCUCUACCUUUCAGAACUGAAUAAUGGCGAUAUCAGACUACUGAGGCUCAAAGAAUCUGGAAAGCUCUCUUGGAGGAACAUUGUAUCUGUGGAGGGGGCAGUGAUUGACCUUGCAGUGGACUGGUUGAGUGGAAACAUAUAUUGGAUUGACAGUGAGAAUCCUCACAUCAGUGUCAUUUCCUCGAAAGGACAGUACCCCAUUGUCUUGCUCAGUGAAAAUCUUGACCGCCCAACUUCUGUUGUGCUCCACCCUCCUACAGCAGCUAUGUGCUUUGUGAACCUGGGAUCCCGGGAGGGUAGCAGGCACAGCUCCAGCAUCGAAUGUGCUUCUAUGGAUGGCAGCAGGAGAAAGGUGCUGUGGCAGAAAUCCCAGGUCCCCACUGGCCUGUCCUUUUCAGAUUCAGGGACCCGACUGUAUUGGGCUGAUACUGGGAGAGAGCUCAUAGAAAGUAUUGAACGAGAUGGCUCUAGCUACAGAGCAGACCGCAGGGGAGUUCAGGGCCUUAACCUCUUUACGUGUGGUCAAGGCAGGAUGUUCUGGACAACAGUUGAUGAUGCCGAAGUCACUAAAAUUUGGUACAGCAAAGUAGACCUUUCAGAAGACCAGUGGUUCCCAGUAGACCAGAAGGUUGUGGACUUAAAAGUGUUUAGUAAAUUUAGUCAACAGGGUAAUAAUGGCUGCGCAAAAGACAAUGGAGGAUGUAGCCAUAUCUGUUUACCAAACCCUGAAGGAAAGACUUGUAAAUGUCCCAACGGGUACUACCUGGCUGACAGAAAUAAAUGUAUUGAAAAAGUCAGAUGCCCUGCCCUCUCGCAGUCCUGUAAGGAUGGUCAGAAAUGCGUUUCCACGGAGCAAGUUUGUGAUGGUCACGCUGACUGUCUGGAUGGAUCUGAUGAAAUGGAUUGUAUCUAUCCAGAGAAAACACAUCCGACACAAAUAUUUAAAAAACCAGAGCCUGGAAAAAGGCCAACUCCAAAAGCUAGCCAACCUCUCCAAACUACCAAGACCACCGAGGCUAGACACUCAGGUCAAAAAGUGAUGGACUAUCCUGUCAGAAAAACACUGACUGCUCUUAUUCCAGCUAGGGAGAGCAAGACUCUAGAAACCAAGGAAAGAGGACGUUCUGUUCAUCCCCAGGACUCACAGAGGGUGGAACAUCUACCCUGUAGCAGCGAUUUCUGCAAUGGGAGGGGGAUCUGUACAGUGGAAGGAGAGCUGAGAAAGUGCAGCUGUCUGAGGGAAUAUGGUGGUGACUACUGUGAAAAAGAAGCACCCACACUGUCCCCUGGCCACAUCGCCCUCGGUGUAACCUCUGCCUUAUCAGUGGUUUUGGCAGCUCUGGGAGCAUUUGUGUAUUUCAGGAGAGAACAUGAAUUUAAGAGAACUACUACAGCAUCAUCAAGAAAUUUGACCUGCUAUAAAGAAAAUGACCAAGAGGAAGAGAAUCUAAUGAACAGUGCAACUUUUGUCAAUGAAGCCUACGAUGAACAGGAAUUAUUAACCUCUUUACAAAGUGACUAACCAGAUAAAAAAGGA